GUCUCUUGCUCUGCCUGCACUCUCCGCUUGGCUCAGACUCUCACCCAUAGCUCUUUACUAUGUCUCUGUCCAUUUCAAUGGCCUCCUCCAGGAUGUCUGGUGGAUAUGGAGGUUUCGGUGCUGGUGGUGGAGCAAGGCUGGGUCUCGGGUUGGGGGGUGGUGCUGGUUUAGGUGGAGGUCUUGGUCUGGGAGGUGGACUUGGAUAUGGUGCGGGUGGAGGUUUUGGACUUGGCCUUGGUGGAGGUGCAGGGGCAGGUGCGGGAUUGGCACUGGGUGGUGGUGGUGGUGGUGGUGCAUUGGUUGCCAGUCCUGCAUUCGCUAUGGGUCGUGCUGUUGCUGCUGGAGGAGUCGGUGGAAGCUCUGCAUUCGCCGCCGGUCCUGCAUCCGCUGCUGUGGUCCCCAUCCUUUCCAGAGCGGCUGAAAAGCACACACUCUCUGGGCUGAAUGACCGCUUUUCCACAUACAUGGCCAAAGUGAGGGCACUCCAGCAAGAGAACGCAGCUCUGGAGGCCAAACUGUCCCAGCUAACCGGGGGGGCAGAUGUGUCCCCAGAAUCCUCAGUGGCUGCAACGGUGGAGUAUGAGGCUCAGCUGAGCGAAUAUCGCAGCACGCUGGAAACUCUCACCAUUGACACCGUCAAACUGGAGAUUGAGCUGGACAACGUCAGGGGAACUGCUCAUGAGCUGAAGGCUAAGCUUGACUUUGAGCAAGGAGUGAAGUUUCAGCUUGAGUCUGAUAUCGCUGCCAUGAAAAAGGACAUUGAACUGGCGUCUGACCUAAGAAUUGACCUGGAUGCUAAAUACUCUAGCUUGAAAGACGAACUGGACUAUGUGAGCAAAACACAAGAACAGGAACUGUCAUCUCUGCAGUCUAAACUGGGCACAUCAACAAUGGACACUUCAGUCUCAAUGAUUGAAGUAGACACCGGGAAGUCCUUUGACAUUGCUACAGCACUCAACAAGAUGCGAAUGGAAUAUGAGAAAACUGUUCAGCAAAACAGAGAGGAGGCCGAGGCAUAUUACAAACUCAAGAUGGAUGAGAUGCAGACGGUCAAUGCCAAAAACACAGAGGCUGUUUCGUCAACUAAAGCAGACAUCACAUCAGCCAGGAAAGAGCUGCAGACACUGAGUUUAGAGCUUCAAGGGCUUGCAGCUGCAAGCAUGAGUCUCGAGCAGAGUUUAGCAGAAGCCCAGGCACAGUCCAGUGUUGGAGUUGCUGAGUACCAGGCGCAGAUCGCUAGCCUCACAUCAGCAAUAGAGGUGGCUAAAGCUGACCUUCACAAACAGAUCCUGGCCUACCAGGAGCUGCUGGACAUCAAACUCGCCCUGGAUGUAGAGAUCUCCACCUACAGGAAACUUCUGGAAGGAGACGACUUCAAGAUGCCUGAGUUUACAGAGACAUCCUACACUUUUUCAGGGAGGGCAUUUCCCCACACCAGCACUCCCCAGGACUCCCCCCAUAACCCUGCCCCAAAGGACACACAAACUAGAUACAUCCUAACAGCAGGCCAAAUAAAGGUCAAAGAAAUCAUUACAGAGACAUCAAUUAUCUCUGAUGCAGAUGAUACCGAAUCCUCCUGAACCCUGGGAGGAAUCCAGUCAGUGCAGUCUUGAUGAAUGCAGAGCCCCAGCCCAAACGUGCGGAGUCAAGUCCCAUCCACUGUUUCUCCAAUAAAGCUGCAUUUGUAACGA